AUGAACCCUAUCCCAAGGAUACCUAACGUUUUGAGAUGGAAGGACUACUUGUCUUCUGCAGUCGAUACCUUUUUCAUUGCUUUUUUGGAACCCCUCAAACUGGAUGUUCCAGGAGAAUUCAAUUCUGAUGUUAAAGAUGAGUUAGGUGACAUUAAACCGGAAGUCACCAAAUAUGGUGUGGAAAGACCAUUUACGCCAGAUAUAUCUGGUGUGGCCGCAGAUGUGUCUAACCUAACCGAAGGUUUUCGAUUUGUUGAAUUCAGAGAGGUUGGUGUGGUUGAGUUGUUUUGGAACUGA